AGCCAGAACGACGCAUGGUUUACAUUUUUCUAAUUUAAUGUAUAUUAUUAUUGUUACUUUGGAACAAAUUAUUAAUUUCAUUCAGUUUUAUUUAUGAGUUAAAGUAUAUAUUUGUCCUUUAUAAUAUAUUAAAUAAAUAGAAAGUUGUUUUUUGACUCUUGUCGUGAUACAAAUUUGAAACGUUCCAGUCUGAAGUGUGUAGUUUAGCAUAACUGUCAAUUUGGGUGUAGAAAUUUAUUUGUAAUUUUCACCGGUUUUUAAUGUACGUUUAUUGUGUUAGAAAAUAAAUAGACAUAUUUCAAUAUAAAAUAAUGUUAAUUUGUGUAUGGUGCGUAUAAUAUUGGAAAAAUGGAUGACGGUACUAUUAAAAUUCAAUCUGGGAUUAACAUCAACAUCAAAAGAACAGAUGGCCGCAUUCAUUCGGCGAUCGUCUCCGGAGUCAAUCUGGAGACAAGAUCUGUCACUGUGGAAUGGUAUGAACGCGGUGAAACCAAGGGUAAGGAGGUGGAGAUGGACGCCAUCCUCGCCCUCAACCCGGAGCUGAUGGGCACGCGGAACAACUCUUCACACCUGCAGCCAAUGCCGAACAAAUUAGCAAGAGAUCCGUCCGGGUCGGGCUCGUCGUCGGACGAGGGCGGAUUCGCACGCGACGCGGAGGAGGGCGCCGGAGACUCCGGGCACACGCUGCCCGUUCGCGGCUCACGAUCGGAUAUGACGAGACAAUCCAUCCCCGUGGCGACUAAAGGCGUGACUCGCGUAACACGAAACAACCAGAUGCGCCUGUCGAACGUGAGCGGCGCGUACACCAACGGCCACGGCGGCGACACGACUGGCCGACGCGGAGCAGAGAACGUGCCGCCGCCGCAGCCGCAGCCGGCGCCGCAACCGCAGCCGCAGGUCAACACCAGGGUUACGCAACAAGCGCCGGUGUCAGGCGGACGCUCCCGCGCGGGCAGCACGCCAAGCUCCAUGUCCGUAGCACCGAGCCCCUUCAUGAGCACCAACAGGCGGAUGCAAAAUAUUAAAGAGUUCAACGCGGGCGUUUCGUCGGCGCGGCCGGCCGCCGUAUCGAGUACGGUGUCGGUGCCGCAUGCGGUGGCGUCCGGUGCGGUGCGGCGCUCCAACGUGGUCAAGGAGGUGGAGCGGCUGAAGGAGAACCGGGAGAAGCGGCGGCAGCGGCAGGCUGAGCUGAAGGAGGAGAAGGAGGCGUUGAUGAACAUGGACCCUGGCAACCCGAACUGGGAGUUCUUAGCAAUGAUUCGCGAUUACCAGAACACUCUAGAGUUCAGGCCGCUAACCGGCAGCGAGGCUGUCGAGGACCACCAGAUCACGGUCUGCGUCCGGAAGAGGCCGCUCAACAAGAAGGAGCUCGCCAAGAAAGAGGUUGAUGUAAUCAGUGUGCCAACCAGAGAUCAGAUGAUAGUGCAUGAGCCUAAGAAUAAGGUGGACCUCACAAAGUACCUCGAGAACCAGAAGUUUCGCUUCGACUACGCAUUCGAUGACACCUGCACUAACGAAGUUGUAUAUAAGUACACGGCUAAGCCGCUGGUGCAGACGAUAUUCGACGGAGGCAUGGCGACGUGCUUCGCGUACGGACAGACCGGCUCCGGCAAGACGCACACCAUGGGAGGGGAUUUCCAGGGCAAAUCGCAGGACUGUAAAAAGGGUAUCUACGCGAUGGCGGCCCGGGACGUGUUUGCAUACCUCCGCUCGCCGCGCUACAAACCUCUCAACCUCAUCGUGUCCGCCUCCUUCUUCGAGAUCUACUCCGGCAAGGUGUUUGACUUGUUGGCGGAUAAAGCGAAGCUCCGCGUAUUGGAAGACGGCAAACAGCAGGUGCAGAUUGUGGGGCUCACGGAGAAGGUGGUGGAGAACGUGGAUGAGGUGCUCAAGCUGAUCCAGCAUGGCAACUCCGCGAGAACUUCCGGACAGACGUCGGCCAACUCCAACUCGUCGCGGUCGCACGCCGUGUUCCAGAUCGUGGUCCGCUCGCCCGGCAUGCACCGCGUGCACGGCAAGUUCUCGCUCAUCGACCUGGCCGGCAACGAGCGCGGCGCCGACACCUCCUCCGCCAACCGUCAGACGCGCAUGGAGAGCGCGGAGAUCAACAAGUCGCUGUUAGCGCUGAAGGAGUGCAUCCGCGCGCUGGGUAUGAAGGGCCAGAACCACCUGCCGUUCAGAGUGUCCAAGCUGACUCAGGUGCUGAGGGACAGCUUCAUCGGGGACAAGUCGCGCACCUGCAUGAUCGCCAUGAUAUCGCCGGCCAUGUCCUCCUGCGAGCACUCGCUCAACACGCUGCGAUACGCUGACAGAGUGAAGGAGCUCGGGGCGGACGGACCACGGCGGCCGGAGUCCCCCAUGCCCGACGUGGAGAUGGAACCGGCGCAGCUCGACCUGGCGCAUCUACGAUCGCUCAACAACGGCUACUAUACUUAUGAAGAGGAGGGUGACAUGUCAGCCGAGAUGUUCAACUUCCACGAAGCUAUCGACGAGCUGCAAAAAUCUGAAGACAAAGUGUUAGAUGCCCACAAGGCGAUCGCGGACUACCUGGUGCUGGCUCAUCAGCGGUGCGUGCAGCUGCUGACUAUGACUAGGGAUGUGGACUACGACCAGGACGCGUACGCGACACAAUGGGAGGAGCUACUGAACGAGCAACUGGCGGUGUUGGCACAGUCUCGCGACCUGGUGGCUGACUUCCGCGCGAAGCUGCAGCAGGAGGAGCAUAUCUCUCGCCGCAUCCAGCCAUCGCAUCACCACUAGCCGAAGUCACCGACCCACCAUCGGUGCGAGUGGAUGGUAUUAAGUAAACACGAAACCGGUGAAAUAAAUUUCUAUACACAUUUUAUUAACACGAUACUACUCAUGUUGUGUCGAAACAUUAAAAAUGUAAAAUCAUCGCCAUUUAAUAAAAAAUAGCAAAACAUUGUAAAAGACUAAUUAAGUUAAAGUCAUUACUUUAUAAUUUUUUCAUUUUUUUUUAUUUAUCACUUAAUUGUUUGUGAUUGAGAUGUAGACUUAAUUAUUCAAAGUUGGACUUUCAUUGUAGUACAUCGGAUAUGGUUUUAAUUAUUUCGGUUGUAUAGAAUCGCGAGGUAUGCUGUAUGUGCCUUAAAACUUCAAUUGGUUUAUAGAGUUCUUUGAAAAUAUUUUAAUCAUGGAACUGUGACGAAAUAAAUAUCAAUUUUAAUUUAAUCUUACAUCUUUCUUCCUUUUCUAAUUACAUUAUUAUUUUAUUCACACCUGUCGGUCUGUCUGCUUUUGUUUUUCAUUAUUCACGUAAUUUCCUUUGUCACUUGUUCGUUUCACAUGCCUGAUGCAAGUUUUAAUUUAAUUAUGAUAAACUCGUAGAAAUCAUUUGGCAGGUCCAAAGUUGGUCCCCUGGCAUGCACCAAUAAAUACCUAUACAGGACUGCGCCUUGGCACUGACAACUAAAAUUCUUAGGUUUACAAAUAUUUGACUGACAAUUUCGAGACAUUGACAUAUUAUGUAAUAGGGAAUAAGCAUCGAUAACACGAACAAAUGACCUGUGUAAAUACCACUGGACAGGCUGUUCCAUGUGUUUGACAGCAAAUUUUUUGUGCCUAUUUGAAGCGCCACUCGCGAGCUUCCAGAUAACUAAUUUUGAAGUAUAAUACAAAUGGCUGCAAAGGAACGUACAAUACUCUAAAGUAUUUUUGAAUUUUGAAUUAAUCUCGUUUGAUUUCCGUGUUAUUUAUACUUCAAAAAUCAACGUAAUAAAGUUUACAUUUAUUUUUGUAAAUAGUUUCCCACCAUCUAUCGAUGUCUGCUGAGGUCAUGAGAGAUCACUAGUUUUAGUACCGCAGACUCUCGCUACAUGGCCAACAGCGAACAGACACAAAAUCACUUUGACAGCCGCCAGUCCAGUGGUAUAUAGUAGAGGUCAGUGCCAACGAACUAUUAGCUAUCCGUUCUGUAGUGAGAGUCCAGCUUGAUGCCUGGCGGUUGCUCGGCGCUUCGAUUGCAUUUCUUUUGUUUGUUUAAAUUUAUUGUAAUCUGUGAAUGCGAUUAAUAAAAAAUUAUUACGUUACAUUGUCUUGGUGCUUUCCAACCAUUCUCCGGUAUAGUUCGGCCUAGCGCGGACUGAGGGCUUACUUAUAACUCUAGUAUUGUCUUAAUUUAUGUAAAACGCUAUAUUUGUACUAAGCUAGUUGAUACAUUAAUGUGAUUGUGCCUGUCGGAAGGGAACUGAACGCCGCUUAUGAAGUUAGUUGUAUGUAUGUAUGUAUUAGCUGUUGAUAACGAACAAUGUGGCUCUGUAUCAGAGGCCGUAACGUUGGUUGUACUCAAAUCUCUAAUAUUGUUCCGUCGGACCGCCGACACCGACUAACCUUCUUUGCUUUAAUGAAUUUGUUUUUGUAUAGAAGUGAAAUCGUUGAAAGAUGAAUGGUGCGCGUCCGUGUUUGAGAUGCUUUAUUAUUAUAAAUAUAUUUUAACUUCGCACAUUAUAAUAAAUUAAUCGAAAUUGUA